UUUCUCAUUUGCCCGCUGCAAGCCGGUCGCCAUUGCAUAAGUCGAGCUACCUAGCAGCUCCAUUUCCACCUCUCGAUAUUCCAGUUACUUCGUACGCCACAACCGUGAACUGAGGAAGAGUUCCCACGCUGCUUCAACUCUUGGCUCCCGUCUCAGACAACAAUGCAGGCACCCGUGACACCUCCGAUCUCCUCAUCGUCGGUGGCAGUCGAACCGCAAUUGAAACUAGAGCUGCCACGCACUGAUAGUGAGCGCACGAUACAGCUGGUAUUACAGCCCAAGGCUGUGUGGAAGGACUCGGAGCGCAUUGCACAGUUCAUAGCGAAUGCAACCAGCGCCGUAAUGGUAGUAUCCAUUGCCAGCUACUACCUGGUACCAAUGGCUGCAAUGGCGAUGGUAGAGACCCCGCGUUUUGCUACUCAAAUCCACGCCGCGCAGUGUGGACAGCCGGAAACGCCUUCAUCGUGCUCACGGAUGGAUGGAAGGCCAUGCAGAAACUCGACAUCAAGCCAUCCAGUUCAUUCAUCUCGAUUUUGCAGGCCAUGUACAAUAGUCCCCAAGUCACCGCAGCAUUCACAUUGACGAUCGCGUGUUUGAUACUUAUCCGCAAGUACAAAGUCAUCGGCUGGUUUCUGUAUCUCCAGGCAGGUGUGACGCUGCAGUGGGGUAUUGCACUGUAUCAAUUGGCUCGCAUUCUCUUCUCCAUGUCGUGCUAUUUCAUGGUCAAAUUCACCAAGAUCGUGCUGGCUCUUCUUAGAAGCGGAUACGCCGGUAUCUUUGGAGUACGCAACCGCCAGGCUUUGGCACUGCGACAGCUUAUGAAGGCGGCACCGACGCACGCAGUUUGGGUGGAAAUGGCUGAAUAUCUUGACACUUUGGAAGGCAAUGAUCAAUGGAAGACAACGAUCUCAGACGAAGAUUUAGAGUACUGUGACUUCGUUCAGCUACAAAAGAACUUGACUUCUCUUCGACGUGUUUUAAGUGAAGACCGGCCGAAUAUCCGAGAGCUUCGGUACAUGAUGGCAGCUUGUGUUAUGCGCAACGAGUUGGGUGUGGACUCGCCGGGUCUGCACCUUGAGUGCAAGUCUGGCACCAAGACUGUGAUUAACGAGUACAACGACGCCGUUGUGCAAGCGCUAGAAGCUCUGGGCAAUGCAAGUGACGAAGAAUUCCCGCGCGAGGAAAAAAUUCAGUUCUUCAAGCAUAUUAAGCAGUCGUUCGGUUCAACAGCGUUGUGUUUGAGUGGCGGCGGCUCCAUCGCCAUGUACCAUAAAGGUAUUAUCAAAGCUUUACUCGAAGCUGAUGUAAUGCCGAACAUCGUGUCGGGAUCGUCUGGUGGUGCUAUCACGGCUGCAAUGAUUGCCUGCAAGACAAACAAGGAGCUGCUUGACGACAUCAUUCAGGACGACGUCUCCACUCGAUUCAUCCCUUUGGGUAUUCGUUGGUUCCCACCUCUGCUAGAACAGAUCACACAUUGCAUCAAGACCGGAUUCCUGGUCGAGUGUUCGACUUUUGAACGCACUACGCAGCACUACUAUGGUGAACCGUUGAACGAGGUGCAGAAGACAAUGUAUUACACGUUCCAGGACGCCUACCUCAAGACAGGUCGUCACGUGUGCAUCACUGUCUCAGCCUCGGAUGUCAAUAGUGCACACAAAGGUCCCAAGAAGUUACUAUUAGACCACAUUAACUCACCUCAUGUCUUGCUCUGGAGUGCAGUGGCGUGUUCGUGCUCACUUCCUGGAAUUAUGAAGAGCAAACAGCUCAUGGCGCGUGAUUUCGACGGCAACGUUGUUCCGUACAACUCGCUGGGUAAGGAAUGGUGUGACGGAAGUAUUCAGCAUGACCUGCCCAUGGAAACGAUGGCGAGCUGCUUCAAUGUGACAAACUUCAUCGUGUCACAAGUGAACCCGCACGUUGUGCCUUUCGUAGGCGAUGAGAUCAACCAGCCUGGUUUCCGCAAAAGCAUUUUCCACACUCUUGAAAGCGUGAUCGCCGCUGAUGUGCGCCAUCGCCUGAAAAUGCUGGCUUUCCUUGGUCUCUUUCCAAAGAUCUACGGCCACCAAUUCAGCGCGUACUUCCGGCAGAAUUUUUCUGGUAAUGUAACCCUCGUCCCCGAGUUUUCGUUCCAAGAAGCGAUCGGCAUCAAGGCUAUCCAGAACCCGAGUAAGCAGGACAUGCACGACUACAUCGAAGGCGGACAACGCACUGCGUGGCCGAAGCUGGCCUACAUCCGCCAUCUCUGCAGCAUCGAAAAAUGUCUAGAUCGCCAGCUCAACCGCUUGCUGGGACCGUCUGUUGCUCCGUACAACAACUGGCUGCAUCCAGACUCCAAAGAGCUCAAGUCGAGUCAGCAAGAGAAUAGUGUACUAGGAACCCUAGUAUAUAGUUUAACGCAAUAGAUUCUUACGUAGGUAGACAAGUAAAUCGACAGCGUACAUGUAAAAGAACGCAUUUUGCCAUUUGCUAUGGAUGGCAUUCAGACGAAAAAAAAAACCAUCAAAUUUUUAAUCCAAAUUCAGACAGAAU